AAUAGGUUUAGCAGAACAUCGAUUUUGCAGGCUCGACCGCUCACCGAGGUGGGGAGACUCUAUUGAUACGAAACAAGGCAGACGUUAGGACUGGGAGGGGCUUUUCACUCCAUACGAACCCAGCAGUCAUCACCUCUGCCCGUCUUUCUCCACAACGCGUCCAAUCAGCGUCUGUCAGGGAAGCAUGAAUGAAUGGCCACAUCCACAAAAUGACUUUCAACGCUCAGCCAACAAAGAGACGGUCGUCGUGUGAAGCUUUGUGUUGCGGUACGGAUGAGGGGACACAAACAGACGAUUUUUAAGCAACAACGCGAAUAAUUAUAUUUACUGCUAGGUAGCAAAAGCGCAACUGUUUCGACAGAGGAUACAUACGCGGACAUCGAUCCAUUCUUUGCUUCAAGAAACUUCGUCCAUUGCAGCGACUGUUCACUUACAAACGGCGGCGGUUUCCGUGACUCGUCCGGCUCCGCGGCAGUGAGGCAGUGACCCGCUCCGUCCCCCAGAGACGCACAGCCGGGGUGCAGGGCGGAGGGCGGCGGGGUAACAGAUGAGGUAACAGCGGGCGUCGGGAGCAGAGACAGACCCCCCCCGCGAGAGGCCGGGCGGCGGCGCGAUGGGUCAGAAGGUCUCGGGGAGCAUCAAGUCCGUGGACGCGCGGGGCGAGCCCUCGUACCGCCCCGCCCGGCGAGAGCUCCGGGGGCCCGACUUCUGCCGGCCCCCGCGGCUGGACCUGCUGCUGGACAUGCCCCCCGCGGGGCCCGAGCUGCAGCUCCGUCACGCCUGGAACCCCGACGACCGCUCGCUCAACGUCUUCGUCAAGGACGAAGACCGGCUCACCUUCCACCGCCACCCCGUGGCCCAGAGCACGGACUGCAUCCGGGGCCGGGUGGGCCACACCCGGGGGCUGCACGCCUGGCGGGUGCACUGGCCGAGCCGGCAGCGGGGAACGCACGCGGUGGUAGGGGUCGCUACGUCCGCCGCCCCGCUGCACUCGGUGGGCUACACCUCCCUGGUCGGCAGCGACGCCGAGUCGUGGGGGUGGGAUUUGGGACGCAACAAGCUCUACCACGACGCCAAGAACCAGCCGCCCACGGCCCCCGGCACCUACCCGGCCUUCCUGGAGCCGGACGAGUCGUUCGUGCUGCCCGACUCGCUGGUGGUGGUGCUGGACAUGGACGAGGGUACGCUCAGCUUCAUGGUGGACGGGCAGUACCUGGGCGUGGCGUUUCGCGGGCUGAAGGGGAAGAAGCUCUACCCCGUCGUCAGCGCCGUGUGGGGCCACUGCGAGAUCACCAUGCGCUACAUCAACGGCCUGGAUCCGGAGCCCCUGCCGCUGCUGGAUUUGUGUCGGCGUGCCGCCAGGCUGGCCCUGGGCCGCGGGCGGCUGCACCAGAUCCACACCCUGCCGCUGCCUCAGUCCCUGAAGAACUACCUGCAGUACCAGUGAGGAGGGCCUCCCGGGGCCUCCCGGGGCCCACUGCCCCGGCCGCUCAGGACCAACGGGCCGGGCCGGCCUCGACCUCGUGAACCCUCCCGGGGCUCCGGGAGACAGCGGGGCGCCGGUUCCGAAAACACACUACCCACGGCUCGGCUUUCGGGGUGUUUAUAGCCGGAUCUCUCAGGACCGGUACACGUGCCGGAUCCACCCGGCUGUCCGGAGACGCAAACCCGAGACUGACUCUGUGGACCGCGAUUCGUAGCGUUCCGGUUCCCGCGGUCUGUAACGGUCCUGUUCCUGCGGUCAGCCUGCCUCGUAAUUAUGUGCCACAUACUGAGCACAUCACCAACCUGGACCAAUCACCAGGAGACUCUGCUUCAGUCAACCAAUCAGAAGCAAGAUCCAGUCACUGGGUGGCUCUGUGUCACCAAGCUUCCUGUUUUACCUGAAUGAUCUUUUAUUUCAAAAAGGAGGCUGUACUCCAAAGGUUAAUUUUCUUUUUUUCUUUUUGAGUGUAGGUUUUUGGAAACUGCUAUUUAAAUACGUGUGGAUUCUGGUUCUGAUGAUUUUAAGAUUGGUAUCAUAACUAUUGUUUUUAGACUGACUUUAUUUUUUAAUUCAAAGGGGUUUACAACGCAGGUCAAUACACCUGUUUCUGUCACCACACUUUAUUUUUAACAAGAUGCUGCUUUUUAAACAUUAUUAUUAUUAUUAUUAUAUUAUUAUUAUUAUUAUUAUUUCCAAUGUCUUAGAUCUGUCUGCCUGCUCAGCUCUGAUGUGAGAGUGGACAUCGUGUCAUGAGAGGUGGUGGAAUGUACUGUAAGGACAAUGAUGCCCUUUGCUUUUAAAAUGUGAAUAAAAAUGAAUUAUGAUGCCUACGAA